GAGCGAGGGGACCUUUGGCAAUGGAAGAGAACAAUGGAAGUCUGAGGUAAGCAAAAAGGGGCAGCCCACAGAGGCAAAAAGGGACAGAUUAUCUGCAUACGACACAAAAAUCUCAAUGGCAACGAAAUCAUCAUAUGGUCCACAAAGCCAAACCUUUACCUUUCAUAUAAUCUGCGGGAGGCUGCUCCUAAAAGCUGUUUGCGAAAAGGAUGGAAGCAAGCCGUUUGAAGCUGAUUCAAAUGGAGCAAGAUCUUGAGCGUGCCCGUAAGCAGGGCUUAUGUGUAGGUGGUGGGUCAGAUGCUAGUGAUCAUCUGGGUUUGUCCGCAGCUGUAAACUCAGCCCAUGCUAAGGAUUCUCCAGGGGUUACUACAUUUGAGAUUGAGUAUGGACACUGGGUGGAAGAACAAAAUAGACAGACCUGUGAUCUGAGGAAUGCUUUGAAUGCACAUAUAGGGGAUACAGAACUUCAAAUGCUGGUAACUGAUGGCUUGUCGCACUAUUUUCAACUUUUCCGCAUCAAAGCAACAGCGACAAAAGCUGAUGUCUUCUAUGUGAUGUCUGGCAUGUGGAAAACAUCAGCUGAGCGCUUUUUCUUGUGGGUCGGAGGGUAUCGCCCUUCAGAACUUCUCAAGGUGCUUGUGCCUCAGAUUGACCCCAUGACAGAACACCAAGUUUUUGAAGUUCUUAAUCUUAAACAAUCAUGUGAGCAAGCUGAGGAUGCUCUUACACAAGGUAUGGAGAAACUCCAGGAAACUCUGGCCAAGACAGUAGCAGCUAGUCAACUGGUUGAAGAAACCUACAUUCCGCAGAUGGGUACUGCAGUGGAGAAGUUGGAAGCUCUAGUGGACUUUGUGAGUGAGAACAUCUCUAGUUCUACCUUUAUUUGGCAAUCAAAGGAUUUCAUCAAAAAGAAGAAAAUCUAUGCUGACCAUAUUCGGCAGGAAACCCUUCAUCAAAUCGCUCGCAUCCUGACUACCCGCCAGGCAGCUCGAGGUCUGCUUGCUUUGGGAGAAUACUUCCAACGCCUUCGAGUGUUGAGCUCAGUUUGGGCUACUCGUUCUCGUGAGCCAUUUUAACUAAGAGGAAAUUUGUAGUUAAGGCAAUUUUUAGUGCUUAUACAUUAUCUUGUCUUAAAAGUUCAUAUAUUUCAGAUUUAAAUUUGAAGUUUACAGUUGGAACUAUGUCAUGUAUAUAUUUGUUGGGUGAAUUUUCUGUCUUUCUAAUGUCUCUAAAACACUAGUGUAUUCUGAUAAAGGCUUAUUUGUGCUUUGAAAUGAUCAUCUUUUUAUGAGUUAAUUAAAUUUGAUGGUGAAUAUUGGUAAUU